UACGAUCGGUUACGAUAGUUAUCGCGUUUUCGCAUACUUCGAAUUUCGUUAAACGCAUUCCUGGCCUGAAAGUGAAUGCUCGCGAUUACCGCGCUCAAUUUUUCGACGCGCGAGAUGAGAUUUUUGGCAGCUCGAGACGAAUCGACGAAUUAUGAAUAAUCUAUCUGUCAUUUUACGAGACCGAGCGACCGCCUUUCUCAUACGUCCCACGUGACGGUCAUUGCCGGCAAUUAUCGCCUAACUACAUGUAACGACGUAGAGUAAUGUCAAGGACGCGAGGCACAAAGCACAUUGCCUAAUUGAAGGGUUCGGCAACGGCCCAGUGACGUUCAAAGAAACUCGAAGUAGCGGCAAAGCUCAUGGGCUGGGCAUUACUUAACGUGGCAAACAUAUCACUUAACGUCAGCUGGCGGCCGAAUAUGUGUUACACGUGUGAGCGCAUUAUUAUCAUCGUUUAAUGGCAGCCAAACGAGCAAAUAAUAAUUUAUUUGAUGUAUCAUUGAGGGGUUCAGUGUACCCCAUUUUCCACUACUGCGACCAUUGUCGUCAGUUAUCACGCUUCUGCGUAGCCUCUUACGAAUAUCCGCUGAUUUCAUUCGCGCAGCUUCGUCGAGAGAAGUUCGAUAAGGAGCAGCGUAGUGAUUCUGAUAGUGACAGUGAUCCCGUGAGUUUCCGAUGCCGCAGGAAUUCACACGUCGACACGAUCUCGGCGCAAAAAGUACAUAGCACGUUUAUCAAAGUGAAAUGUCAAUAAUUCCGAUCUGUGUAUAAAGAAGUACUAUGAUAAUAUAUGUGAUAUCGUCAUGCCUCGAUGGUUGCACGCAACAACUAUAUAUAGGCUCUCGAUUAUGGUCGCCGGUGAUUGAUAACGUAAUCGUCUUGCGCGAAACUCUUUUCCCGGACGGGCACGUCACGUCUCGCAGAGUGGAAUUUACCGGUCCAAGGGAAUCCACGCGGAAGAAAGAGAUCGAGCGCGGCGUGCGACUGAUCGCAAGUGACGAUUGCGCGAGUGGCUGGUGUCGCGUGCAAGGGCGGCCGCAAAUUUCGUUAAAUACUACAAAGUCUACUUGGAGGAAUCGUCCAAUCUCUUAGAUUCAAGUUGGAGAACGGAAAACCAGUCGUUCUCCUCAGCUCGCCGGAGGCAUUACUUAGAGACGGCGGAGGUUCGCGCAGCCGCUCUCCCACGUUUCGCGAUCGGGACCAAUGUGCCGACAGAUUUAUCGAUCAUCGACACACGAGCCAUCCACUUGUCAUUCGUCGUGAUAUUCGUCGUGAUCGAGUGGAUGUUACUCGUUGCGCUGCACAAUUGUAAUCGAAAUCAAGCGUAUGCGACAUCUAACUCGAGGACGAUCAGCGAUUUAAAUAGCCGCGAUACUCGGCACAAGAUAUUCAAAUAAGUGUCCCGACUGUGAUCCCAGCGAUCGGCCGAGAUGGCGAGCGUGGACAAGGAUCUCGAGGAGCUCAUGUCUCACCUGGGUGAAUUCGGCAAAUAUCAAUUCCGACAGUACUGCUUUCACUUAAUGGCCGCCCUUACGGCCGGGGUGCACAUGCUGUCUCUAUUGACAGUCGCGGCGAUACCGGCGCAUCAGUGUGACAUCCCGAAAGCGAACGUGUCGUCCGUCCUGACCAGGGAGCUGUUCAAUUUCACCGCUCACAACUGGGACAACUCGUCGGACGUGCUGGAACAUCUUCCACGUCGUUUGGACAGCUGCCACUAUCUGGACCACGACAACGUCACCCGCGAAUGCGACUCGUGGACCUACGACACAACGUACUUCCAGUCGUCCCGCGGCAUGGAGUGGAACUUCGUUUGCUCGCGACGCUGGAUGGGCGCCGUGGCGCAAUCCUCGUACAUGUUCGGCGUGUUCGCGGGCGCGGUCACCCUCGGCAGCAUGGCAGACAAGUACGGCAGGAAGAUCAUAUUCUACGUGUCCGCCGUGGCACAGCUACUGCUCGGAGUAGUGGUCGCCCUGGUGAACAACUACUACGUCUUCCUGGUAAUACGCUUCCUGUACGGUAUCUUCGGCUCCGCCGGCGCGUACAUCACCGGAUUCGUGCUGACGAUGGAGCUGGUGGGUUCGUCGAAGAGGACCGUGUGCGGCAUACUGUUCCAAUUGGCCUUCGCCAUGGGCUUUAUGCUGGUGGCUGUGUGGGGCGUCGUGAUCAAGGAUCGCAUGUGGCUGCAGAUCGUAUACGGUUUGCACAGCGCGAUUCUGCUCGGCCACUGGUGGCUGAUGGACGAGUCGCCCAGGUGGCUGUGGGCGCACGGUCGCGCCACCGAGGCGAUCAUCAUCGUGCAGAAGGCCUUGAAGGUGAACGGCAGCAACGUCAACGUGGACGCCGGCAGGCUGAUCGGCAAAUCGAAGUUGCAGCAGGAGACCAAGGAGGAGACAUCGCACGGCGCGCUGGAUCUCUUCAGGACGCCGAAUCUCCGCAAGAAGAGUCUGAACAUCUGCCUCAACUGGUUCGCCAACUCGAUCGCCUAUUACGGACUGGCGCUCAACAUGGGCAAUCUCGUUGGCAAUCCGUUUCUCAUGCUGUUCCUCAGCGGCGUGCUGGAGAUGCCGUCGUACAUUUUAAUCAUAUUCAUCAUGGACCGCACCGGCAGGAGGUGCCUGAUCAGCACGUUCAUGAUGAUAGGCAGCGUGUGCUGCAUCUGCGCCGCCGUCAUCACCGGCACGACCGGACACUUGGCGGCCGUGGCGACGGUCACGAUAGUGCUCGUGGGCAAGAGCUGCAUCGCCGGCUCGUUCGCCGUGGUAUACAACUACACGGCCGAGCUGUUCCCCACGGUGGUGAGGAAUACGGCGCUCGGCAUCGGCUCCAUGUGCGCGCGUCUCAGCGCCGCUCUCACGCCCAUGAUCUUUCUGCUGGACUCGCUGGACCCGCGGGUACCAGCCACCCUCUUCGGCUUCAUCGCCCUGGUGGCGGGCUUCCUGGCGCUCUAUCUGCCGGAGACGGUGAACCAACCGAUGCCGGAGACCAUCGAGGACGGCGAGAACUUUGGUAAAGGUGACACCUGCUUCACCAGCUGCAUAGGCGGAAGCGCGAAAGCCGCCGCGAGCGAUCGCGACAUCACGAUGGACAAGAUACGCGAGAAUGACGAGAAUGAAAAGCUGAAUUAUACAUAACGCUCAUAUAGCUUUAUAGAAAAUUCAAGUGCGUUUAACUAGUACUUAUAGUUAAUGCUAUAGUUAAUGUGCUGAGAAAGAAACAAAUGUGCCUUGGUCUCGAUAUCCUCAAAAGUCAUUGCAUAGAUUCGCUGGUAGAGAUACCCAGAGACUUAAAAAUACUUAUUGUUAAAGAUUAGCCUAGCUAAAUAAUACGCACAACUCAUCAUUGAAAAAUAGAAACAAUUAUAUCAUGUACAAAGUAAAUAAGAAAGUUACUUCUUAGAAUUGCAU